GAAGGACAACAACUUUUGUCAUCUUCCCGAGUGACUGACCAUUUGCUUUGACUCUCUGGAGGACUGCAUUAAACAGCAUGACAUUAGCAACUGUGAAGAAUUAUAAUUAUCUGAUAUGAUUGUCUCAUAUUAUAAAUUGCAUUCCAAUCAGGUAAUCCAGGUCAUUCCAUCUAUGGGAAUGUGUCUAGAAGUAUUAUUUACAUGCGAGUUUAUUAUCGUUAACACCAAGUGAGCAGGCCCAUUGAGUAAUAUUUGUCUUAAGUCUAGCCAGGGGUCUUCAACCUUUUUCAGGCCAAGCGGUCUCCUUGGCUGUAACUGUAGAAUAGCCUACUGGAGAUAAGUUAAUCACGUUGUUUUGGGUUUGACUAGUGUCUCGUGUCAAAGUCCAAUACCUCGGAUCGACAACAACUUCGAUUUGAAGGAUGAGAGCCGGGUGGAAGGUAGUGACGUGAUCGGAAAUGAAAGCCCUCCCCUGGCAACCAUGCUACUGUUGUAGCAACAGAGCUGAAACGUCUGUGAGUCCUUUAGCGUGUCUCUGUUUUGGUCUUACAUACUUUACCUUUCAUUCUUUAUAUUGGAAUGCCGUUGAUUGUCAAAGACUAUUCAUGGACUCAAACGGAGUCGAAAGUGCACAUCAGUGUCCCUUUGAAAGGAAUGAAUGCCAAGCAAGUUGACAUUUUUGCUACGGAUGAAUAUUUAAAGGUACAUUUCCCUCCCUUUUUCUUUGAAGCUUUCUUAUUUGCGCCUGUGUAUGAUGAUAAAAGUAUUGCAAAGAUCGGAAACGGUGUGGCACUUUUUACACUACAAAAGCAGAAAGAGGAACUAUGGGAUCAACUUUCAAAUAAUGAGGACAAAUGUAAACAGAAAGAAAUCAGGGAAAAAGCAAUUCUCAAAGCCCAGGAAAAAGCAACUGCUGACUCACAAGCUAAAGCAGAAAAGCAGCAGGAGGAGAGCAAAUUUGCUCUAAAGACAAUGAUGAAGCUUGAGGAAGAGGAGAGAGCAAGAAUUGAGAAAAUAAAACACGAGGAGUGUAAAAAGGCGGCAACUGAGUUCGAAAACUGGAAACUGAAGCACACAUUGAAGGAAGAGGAGGAGGCUGUCCAGUCACAACAACACAACAUACAAUCAGAUAGAAACACUGAAACAUGUGAAAUUAGCAAAGCUGACAGGUUAUCUGAGUCCAGGUCUUCAGGAAGACUUGGAAUACCUCAGCAAGGUAAGGAAAAUGUGCCUGGUCCAAGGUCUUGUGGUAAUAUAAAGGUCAAUUUCACACCAAGAGUCUUUCCCACUGCACUUCGAGAAUCCAGACUUCCUGACGAGGAGGAGUGGCUCAAGAAGCAAGCGGAGGCCAGGCGUACAGUAGCUGCAGAUUUGGCUGAGCUUGAUGACCUGAAGCCAGAAGAGAGGAAUCCUGACUGGUUGAAAGAGAAAGGAGACAAAUUCUUUGUGGCUGGGAACUACCAGGCCGCCCUCAAUGCCUACAACCUUGCUUUGAAGCUCAACAGAAAACUUCCUGCACUGUACUCUAACCGUGCUGCAUGUCAUCUUAAGCUAAGGAAUCUUCACAAAGCCAUUGAAGACUCCUCUCAAGUCAGUACAUCUCAGCACCUAAUAUCAGUAACAAACACUACUUUUCCUCCUAAAAUGAAAAUAACAAGUGUAUAUAUGUCUUGGCAGGCACUAGAGUUACUAAACCCACCAGUUGCUGACAAUGCAAGUGCCAGGUUGAAAGCUCAUGUAAGAAGAGGGACAGCAUUUUGUGAGCUUGAGCUGUAUGUUGAAGGUCUUCAGGAGUAUCAGGCUGCUCUGAAAAUUGACCCCAACAAUCCGAAACUACAGGAAGACGUUCAAAAAAUUAGAGACAUCGUUCAAGGGGCUUCAGGCUAAUCUGUACCUGGGUGGAGCAGUGUUUGUCAAUAUUUUAUGUGAAAUGUUGUAUCAAUAAGGAAACUCGGGUUUGUGAAUGUCUGUUAUGAAACAAGGCACAUGGUAAACGUGUAAAUAAAAAUAAAAUUUAGAUUUUUUUUUGUCACAGUAUAUCAGAUUGAAUAUGCUGACAACAACCCUCCCUACAAUAUCAGAAUCACAGAAUUACGUGCCAAGUGUGAGAUGAACAUGCAAAUGAAAAAAAAAAACAUGUAAAUGCCGAAAUAAUAAACGAUUUUGCAAUCAA